AUGUCCUACAACAAACCCACGAGUCCCCCACCCUCCUACGCGGGACCCUACAACCACGCCUCCCCCCCACCACAAGGCCCCAGCCCGGGCGCCGCGCAAGAUUACUACGGCGGCGCCGGAACCCAGCAGCAGGGUUAUUACCCGCAGCAGCAGCAGGGAUAUGGGUAUCCGCAGCAGCAACCGCAGGGGUAUUACAAUCAGCCGCAGCAGCCUAUGUAUUAUCCGCCGCAGCAGCAGGGCUAUCCGCCUCAGCAGCAGGGCUAUUAUGCUAAUGAUCGGGGUAACCGGUCUGGUGGUGGUGCUGGGGGCAUUUGUGCGGGUAUAAUGGCUGCUCUUGCUUGCUGUUGCUGUUUGGAUAUCUUGUUCUAA